AUGUCUGCCAUGCCCGCCACCUCCGGCCACUCUGCGGCCUGCUGCAACCUGCCCCCGAUCGUGACCAAGGGCUACAAGGCCAAGGGCAAGUACGAAAAAGUUGGCGACUACAAGACCUAUGUCACCGGUCCCGCCGACGCCACCAAGGCCAUUGUCAUCAUCUACGACAUCUUUGGCUACUUUGAGCAGACUCUGCAGGGCGCCGACAUCCUCGCCCACAGCGGCGAGCAAAAGUAUAAGGUCUACAUGCCCGACUUCUUCAAGGGCGAGCCCUGCCCCAUUGAAUGGUACCCUCCCAACACGGAGCAGAAGAAGAAGGACCUUGGUGCCUUCUUCGAAAAGAACCCUCCGACCAGCGCUGCGACCCCGCUCCCCGGAUUUGUCCAGGCCAUCAAGACGCAGAGCCCCUCCAUCACCGCCGCCGGUGUCCUCGGCUUCUGCUGGGGCGGCAAGGCCGUCGCCCUGAGCGCCAAGGAGUCGUCCAACCCGUUCGUCGCCGCCGCCUCGGUGCACCCUGCCAUGGUCGACGCUGCCGAUGCGCCCGCCAUCAAGGUGCCCUUCAUCCUGCUCGCCUCGGGUGACGAGCCCGCCGAGGACGUCAAGAAGUUCGAGGAUGCGCUCACCGUGCCCAAGCAUGUCGAGACGUUUGCCGAUCAGAUCCACGGCUGGAUGGCAGCCCGCUCCAACCUGAGCGACGAUCGUGUCAAGGCCGAGUACGAGCGCGGCUACAAGGCCCUGCUCACUUUCUUCGGCAAGCACCUGUAA